GAAAGUAAGCGACAUAUGUAUUUAAAUAUGAAAGGGGAUAUCUAGUGAUUCUUAUUUAAGCCGUUGGUCGAGCGUGUCCAGUGCGUAAAAAGCAAGCAGAAGAUAUUCACCGAAUGCUAAAAGUCGUGCAGAUGUGUCAGAAAAAUUUCAUGAUUGCAAUACUAUAUUCAUAUAAUUGUAUAUAGCACUCUCUCUAGUGCAUGACGUUUUAUCGCGAGAUGGUUCCUACGUCAAGUGGAAUAUACUAUAUUUCUAUUUACGGAUGUUUAUAAUUGGCAUGUUUCACGGCUGUGAAAAUGGAAGUGGAGAGCACAGCCAAACAGAACGACGUUGUUCAACAACGUUUAACAGAUGAUUCCGGAAAAGUAAUUCAUGAAGAAGAAAAUAGAAAUAUUGAUAAUACUGAUAAAGAAUCCUCAUCUUAUUUUAUAUCAACCGAAAAUGUAAAUGAUAAGUUAUCUGACAUGGAAACUUAUAAUAAAGAUUACGAUGAUGAAUGUAAGACUGAUUCUAUGGAAAAAAAGGUAGAAGAUGAUGAUGCGAGUAACACCGUUCAAACCCCUCAACCACCGUUAGUAUUUACAAUUGAUUUUGGUAACAACAAAGAAGUUGAUAAAGUCAAAUAUCAAAAUCUGUUUGAGCGAUACAAUGCAAGACACAAGCGCAAUCUUUCUACGUCUAAGGUAGAGGUAGGCGGAAAGAAGGGAAGUGCAUUAAUGUCUCCCAAUUUGGUACAAAAGCAAAAAAUUCCUAGUACGCAUUCUGAGGGUUAUUUUAGCAGCGAAGACGAUUUGCGUUUGGUAAAACGUAAAACUGAUUCUCUGACGGAAAAGUUAAAACAACUAAGUACAAAGUGCAUUCAUAGAACGCAUUCUCUCUCAAAAAAAUCUGAUAUUGAUUUCAAAUUACGCGAUGCAAAGAAUAAACAAGAAUUAAUGACAAGAUCUUGCGACGAUCAAACGAAAGAUCCAAAAUUGGCACGUCAAAAUCUUUCAUUGGAACUUGAUUACGGAACUAAAUCAAAUAACAAAGUAUUUUGGACAUCACAAAAAUCAGCAACUAUCAAUGAUUUAAGUCAUGUAGAAGCGUGCAAUUAUGAUGAUGAUUCUAAUGAAAAAUCAUAUACAAAAAAUAUAGAAUACAUUGCCGGUGAUAAUGAAUACGAUGAUGAUGAAGAAAAUUAUUAUAAAACGUCAAUGAAUAGUUAUUCUCAAAAGGCAUCAAAUAUUAAUUAUAGCAUAAACGAUUAUAAUUUAGAAAAUCCAAAUCCGAAUGAUAGCAAUUUGUCGAGUAGCGUUAGUUGUAACAUGGAUUUAAAUAUUAGCAAUGUAAAAGAAGAUACAAAUUUAGAUGUUUUCAAUGUGAGUAACGUAGAUGCUGGUUCGGAUGAUGGAGCAGUAAGCGAAGCUGGAACGUACACCAUUCAUAAAGAUUAUACAGAUGAAGAAAAAGCUAGGAUGGAUAUUGAUAAAGUUUUCAGUGUUGGUGUAUUAACGGAAGAAGAAAACAAUGAAUCUUAUGUUCAUAAUUUUCAGAUGAGUAUAUCACGUGAUAACAACACAUGGAUAUCCGAAUGGGCAACUCAAGUUGCAGAACAUAAUUCUUUACCUCCAGCAAUUGGUGGUCCUACUGGUCGUACUCCACCCUUAAGUCCAUCGAAAAUACCAUCUCCGAUUCAUUCUAAAAGUCCAAGAAUGGCACGUUAUCGAUAUGAACCAAGCGAUAACAGCAGUAUGGAUGCUUUACGGAUAAAGGAAAGAAUAGAUUUAAUAUCAAAUCAACAAUUAUUAAUUGAUUCGGGUGGUGAAUCUGAUGAGGACACAAGCAAUAGUUAUAAUACACCACCACACAGUUCACAACGUACACCAGUACAUAAUUCUUUAGGAAGACGUAGUAGUUUGUCUGAAUCUUUAUUCAGAAGAGCUAAUACCAAUGAUAAUCGAAGAAGUGUUCGUAAAUAUUAUAAUUCAGAUAAAUCAAAGACUGAAGACGGUGGUACAGAGUUAUUAAAAAGUCCGUCCCGAACAUUAGCAUCUCUUUACUUGGGAAGGAGAAGUAGUUCCUUGGACAGAAAAGAUUAUACUUCUGAUACUACAGAAUCAAACACGUCCAGAAAAAAUAGUAUGAAAUAUUCUUCUACCAAGGAUGAUUCCAAACAUACAAACAGUCCUGUUUUAAAUCGCCUAAGGCCAUCUACACCAAAAUUAACAAACAGUCCAAUUGUAUCUCGUAAAACGUCAUCUAUGAAAAUUAUUAAUUCGCCUAUGCUGGAGAGAGCUAAACAUUUGACAAAAUCUACACCUCAAGCGAAAAAUAUAGGAUAUUUUACUUGUGUUGAAAAUAGUCCAUAUAUGUUAAGAAAAUCAAAUAGCGCUACAAAUUAUCACGAACGAAGUUCCAUUCAUAAUAAAGAAAUUUCUAUAAGUUCUGGGAUACCAAGAAAUUGUCUCGAAUUGCAACGACAAUUAAAUAUACAAAGAUCAUCAAGUAACGCUAGCAUUGGAAAUUUCAAAUCUCAGGCUGUAGUUUCUCGACAUAGUAGCUUCAAUAGUAGCGACGUUGAUAGAAUUUCUGCUAGAAAUAGAUUUCUCGUUGCUUCUGAUAGUAGCAGCGAAACUGGAGAACAACAAUCAAAAUCUCCUAUACAUCCUAUUUCUUCUGGGAUUAAAUUAAAUAGAGCAUUUAGCAUAAGACGAGCAAGAUUAAAUUGUGAAUCUGAUACAACACCAAAUACUACACCAGAAGAAAGACGUAGGAAAGCUCAGACCGAUGUUAAGAUUACAUCAAUAAAUAAACAACAAAAUUAUCAACGUGGAAGAACAAGUAGUGUUGGUGCUUUCAGUAAAGAUUCAUUAAAAACAUCAGAACCUUCCAAAACUAGAACACCAUCUAUCUCUAGAAACGAUGCUGGUAGAGUAAGCAUAAGAGCACCUAAAAGUUCUUACCAUGGUCCUAUUGGACAAAGAAAUGCACAGAAACCUAAUAAGGAAACUAAAAAUUCUGGUAGAAGUAAUUCAACGCUUACAUCAAAAGAAGUUGAAUUUCAAAAUUGGAAAAGAAGAAAAAGUUAUGAUCCUAUGAAAGCAGCAGCAGAAGGAAGAAAAAAGCUUGUUGAUGGUUCGAAAAAACAUCAUAGUACUGAAGAUAGUUCUGGAAAUCAUGACAAUUCAGUAUUACGUUCAGCUAGUUUUCAUGGAACUGGUGGUACUCUUUCUCUAGCAAACGAGUGGUCUGAUAAUGAAUUAAAUUAUUCGCAAGAUGAAAAUCAAGAACCUACUCCAUGUAGCUUGCAAUUGGGUAGUGAUAGUGAUCUAGAAACCUCAUCAUAUUUACAAACAACUCAAAAUGUUGUCUCAGCAAUGUCGGCACGUAUGGUAGUAUAUCAUCCCUCGUUAGCAGAUUCUGACAAUGAAAGUGAUGAAGAUACUAGUCAAAGUUUACAUCAGAAUACAUCAAAAGUAACACGUCAGCCUAGCGACACAGAAACUAGCGAUGAACAACAUGUUAUUCAACCUCCAAUUUCUAAUACUAAAUAUAAUAGAGCAUUUAGUUUACGUAGGGCAAGGUUAGAACCACAACCAUCAAAAACAAUUAAUUCAAGUAUAACUAAGCCUAAAGUUGUACAGGAAACACGUGCAAAGAUAGAACCUAACACUAGUAUAAAUAGAACUGAUUCAGGACGUUUUAGCAUGCGAGCUAAUAGAGUCUCAAGUGCUGGCCUUAAAGGUAAGCCAAAGGAAACAAAGAAACCAGUAACACCAAAUGCAAGAGAAGUAGAAAUGCAAAAUUGGAAACGUCGUAAGAGUUAUGAUCCAAUGAAAGCAGCAAUGGAAGGACGAAAAAAAGCUAGUUUAUCAAAGAAAUCCACUACUAAUGCAAAUCUCUCACCGAGCCAUGUAGCUAGAUCGCAAAGUUUCCAUGGUUCAGUGGGUCUAGGCAAUGAAGAAGACUGGAGCGAUGAAGAAUUAGCUAUAUCAGCGGAUGAAGCUCCUCUUUACUAAAUCCCUAGCAACUGUCUCUCUCUCUCUCUCUCUCUCUCUCUCUCUCUUUCUCUCUCUCUAGGAUUAAAAUAAGCAGCUACUGUAUCGAAAGUAAGAUAAAAAAUCAAUUUUUAUAGACCUUGAUGUACAUAAUUAAAAUAACACAGGUGUUACUUUGCAAGAAGUUUUAUGCACUCGUAAUCAAUUUCAAAAAAAAAAAAAAGAGAAAAAAGAAAAGAAAAAAAAAUGAACAAGAAAAA